AUGGUGGAAGCGGGGCUGAAGCGCAUUGCCGUGGAGAAGCGAAGCCCGCUCUUCCUCACUCUCUCCCCCCCUCUCACACUACACUCUCCCACUGACGACCAGCGAGGUGCGAGGCACGAUGGUGGAGGCAGGGCUGAAGCGCAUUGCCGUGGAGAAGCUCACACGCGAGCAGAUGGACGGCAUGUCCUGGGGGGAGCUGGAGAAGCGUAUCGAGGGGUGGCGACGGCAGACCAGACUGGCGGCCGAGUGGCGGUGCUUGCAGGGUUGGAGCCGCACACAGGCAAGGCGUUUGUGGACCUGGCGGGGCUCACUUGGCAUGAUGUUUGGCUUCGGGGAGGUGGUGGCACAUUCAAAACCAUCCUAACACCAUUGCUUCUCUGUCUGCCUGUCACUCACCCCCCGAUCCCCCGCCCCUCCCCUGUCUACCCGCCGUCCGUCUCCCAGGUGCACGUGGUGGUCAUGGCGGAGAGGGAGCUCUGCGAAACGGUCCUUGCAGGGUUGGAGCCGCACACAAGCUCUCUAUCAACACUAUACACCCUCGACACCCCACUGCCCCCCACCCACCUCCACCGCUUCCCACCCCCACCCUUCCCAUUCCCGCCAGUGCAUGUAGUGUUCAUGGCAGAGCGAGAGCUGUGUGAGACGGUUCUAGCCGGGCUGGGCGUUUGCGGAUCUGGCGGGGCUCACGCCGGGCAUGCUGUUUGGGUUCCGGGAGGUGGUGGCACCGGGUACAGGCACAGGCACCGCUGCCCUAUCACCACUGCUCCCCUCUCUGUGCAUGUGGUGUUCAUGGCAGAGCGAGAGCUGUGCGAAACAGUGCUGGCAGGCUUAGAGCCACACACAGGCAAGGCGUUUGCGGACCUGGCGGGGCUCACGCUGGGGAUGCUGUUUGGCUUCGGGGAGGCCGUGGCGCGCAGUAAGAAGUCCCCCGAGAAGGUGUCGGUGCUGAUGGACAUGUACGAGACCAUGCGCGACUUGAUGCCUCAGGUGGAGGUGGUGUUUGCGGGGUCAGCCUGUGACGCCAUACGGGGCAGUGCGCAGCAGCUGCUGCAGCACCUGGCGGCGGCGGCCAAGGAGGCGUUCAACAACUUUGAGCUCGCAGUGGAGAGUGAGGACAGCGACAAGGUGCUGCCCGAUGGCGCCACACACGGCCUCACCAGCUAUGUCCUAUCAGGCGACCAUGCCGCGAUCCGCAUCUUCUCUCCCUUACUACCUCCUCUCCCCCUUUCCUUUCCCCCCACCCACUCUCCACCAUUCAGCUACCAGGCGAUCAUGCAGGAGCUGUCUGGGCAGGAGAACCUCUACCAGGUGACCAUGCAGGAGCUGUUUGGGCGGGAGAACCUGUUUGGCGAGGCCACGAUCCGCAUCUUUGCGGCGCUGCACGCCAACCUGGAGAGGAAGAGCAAGCUCUACCGCGACCCGGCGCUCACACAACUCUUCCUCAUGAACAACGUGCACUACAUCGUGCAUGCUGUGAGAAAGGGCGAGCUGAAGGAGGUGGUGGGGAAGGACUGGAUCGACCGGCAGCGGCGCAUCGUGCAGCAACAUGCCGCUGCGUACCAACGCACGUCCUGGAACAAGUCUGCUGUAGCCUCAAUCCCUGUCACUCCACCUCUGCUUCUCCACAGCAGUCACUACACUGUCCUUCCUUUCUCUCUCCCUUGCCCCACGCCCUCUCUUUCUUGCCCCACUCCCUCUCUCCACUUCCUCCCUCCCUCCACCCUUCCUACACCCACUCCCUCUUUCCCUUGCCCCGCUCACUCAAUCCCUUGCCCCGCUCACUCAAUCCCUUGCCCCGCUCACUCAAUCCCUUGCCCCGCUCACUCAAUCCCUUGCCCCGCUCACUCAAUCCCUUGCCCCGCUCACUCAAUCCCUUGCCCCGCUCACUCAAUCCCUUGCCCCGCUCACUCAAUCCCUUGCCCCGCUCACUCAAUCCCUUGCCCCGCUCACUCAAUCCCUUGCCCCACUCCCCUCCCUUCCCCAUCCUUCCCCUCUCUCUCUCUCUUCGCUGCCCGCCAGAUUUUUGGGCUGCUGACGUCAGCAGGUCUGAAUGCGGACGGCAAGGAGGGCAGUGUCAGCCGCAGCGCUCUCAAAGAGAGGUGCGAGGGGGAGGGGAGGGGAAGGAGGUGGGGGGGUGGGGGGGGGUUUGGGGCGGAGUUCUUCUUGGGGAGAGGAAGAGGGGAAAUAGAUGUGCGUGGAGUGGUGGGGCUGUCAGCGGAUGGCAAGGAGGGCAGUGUGAGCCGCAGCGCUCUCAAAGAAACGUUGAGGGGAGGGGUGGGGGGAGGGGGGGGAGAUGGGACUAGGAGGGGGAGAGGGGGGGGGGGGAGUGGGGGGGAGAUGUGGGGAAUGGUGCAAAGAGGGCAGUGUAACCCGCAACGCUCUCAAAAGAGGUUCGAAGAAGGGGAGCAGAGGUGCAAAGAGGCCAGGUUUCGAGUGUUCAACGCCACGUUUGAGGAGCUGCAUCGCUCGCAGUGCAUGUGGAAAAUCCCCGACCCCGAGCUGCGAUCCGCCGUGCAGCUGCAGAUCGCUGAGGUGCUGCUGCCCGCCUACCGCGCGUUCGUGCAGCGAUACACGUGA